UCCUUCAUUCUCUUAUUGAGUCUUUGAACUGUACGGAACAGUUUCCUGGGUUCUCUGAGCUCUCAUCUUUAUUGUCUCUGAUCCAACCAAAAAUCUCAACUUUCUUCAACAAUUCACCUCUACAAAUUUUGGGUUGUCCCUAUUUUCUCAAGCUUUCUUCACUAUCAGAUGUCAACACAACGUUCUCAUGUUCCAAAGUUUGGCAAUUGGGAAGCUGAAAAUGAUGUUCCGUAUACAGUGUAUUUUGACAAAGCCCGGAAAACUCGACCUGGCACUAAAAUGAUCAAUCCGAAUGACCCUGAGGAAAAUGCAGAUUUAGAUCUUCCAAAUUCAUCUUCUGCUGAUGUAAUUCCUCCAAAGCCAAGAGUUCACUCAGAGAAUAUAUCUGAAAAAGGAUCAGCGAGACCAGCACAUAAUGAGUUACAAAAAAACAAGGAAGACAGUGAUCUUAAGCAAUCUGUUAACUCGCCAGCUCGCAAUGAAAGUUCAAACAACAAGAGUGCUGGUGAUUCCGUCCAUCGUCCUGGAGUUGUUUCUGCUGAUAACCGCAGAAGACCUUCAAGACAAAGUACUGCUGGCUCGGAGUACAGUGUCGAACGUUCACCUCUUCAUCGCCAGGCUAAAACCCCUGGCAGAGAUAGCCCUUCUUGGGAAGGAAAGAAUUCAUAUGAGAGCAGUCACGGUACACCGGGAAGAUCUCGAUUGAGAUCAGUCAAUCGAGAGGAUGAAAAUCCUGAUAAAAGUGCUGCUGUUCCAAAGUUUGGUGAGUGGGAUGAGAAUGACCCUGCAUCAGCUGAUGGCUACACUCACAUUUUCGACAAAGUGCGCAAGGAAAAACAAGACACGGCUGGAAACGCACCAGGCACACCGAACGGGAGAUCGUAUGUUAUCCGUAACCAACCUCCAAGUGACAAAGCUCAGGGUUGCUGUUUUUUCUGGAGCAGAAAAUGAUUAUUAAAAGUUCGAAUGUUAUUCGAAAAAGAAAAGAAUAGUGUUGUGAACAGUUGUGAGGCGUGAAUCACUCAUAUAAUUUGACUCCUUUAUAACGAGGGGUGUACUUUAAAGGGUAAAGUGCAAGAUUAUAACCAUCAUUGGUUGAGAUUUUAGCAAUUUGAUAGUUUGUUAUGCAGGUGCUAAUAUUUCGUUGCAGUUAAUCUGCACUUCACUCUUCAAAAUGCACCCAUUGUUUUAGAGGAUCUAAAUUCUACUAUUUUAUAUGUAAAUAUCAAAGGCGCUCUUUCCAUGGGGUGAAACAGUGUCGAAGUGCCUUUGUCUUGAAUUUGCAUCCCCGUGUAUCUUCCUUUUAUUUGAUCUGUAAGCUUUAUUUGCACAUAAGAUUGUGAUCUUUUGUGUAUCUUCCUUUUAUUUGAUCUGUAAACUUUAUUUGCACAUUAGAUUGUGAUCUUUUGUGUAAGUAACCGCCCUGAUUUGGAUUCAA